AUGUUAAUCAUUCUCUACGUUCUAUGCAUUCAAUCCACCCUCUUUACUGUCACAGCUACAAACACAGCAAACAACUUCAUAACUUGUCUGCAAAAUGAAAGAGAUGCUCUUCUCCAAUUCAAAUCAACUAUAAUUGAUCCAAACAAGAACCUUGCUUCCUGGAGUUCAGGCAACUGCUGCAAUUGGAGAGGAAUUCGAUGCCAUAACAUCACUCGUCAUGUUUCCAGAAUUAAUCUUCGGAACUCAAGCUUGCAAGGUGAGAUCAAUCCAUCUUUACUCACUCUCCAACACUUGAUCCACUUGGACCUUAGCUUCAACUUCUUCAAUUUCAAACCAAUACCACAAUUCAUUGGAUCAAUCAAGAGUCUUCGAUAUCUUAAUCUUUCAAAUGCUGGUUUUAGUGGAGAAGUGCCUUCGUCACUCGGUAACUUGUCUAGUUUGCAUGUGCUUGAUCUCUCCAAUUUGUACCUGUCACUGUCUUCUGAUUAUGUUCUUCAUGUAAGUGAUAGUCAAUGGCUUUCUCAAUUGACUGCAUUGCAAAAUCUUAAAAUGACUGGUGUGAAUUUCACAUAUGCGUCAAGUUGGCUUCAAGACCUUAAUUCUUUGCCUCACAUUAAAAUUCUCGGCCUUCGUUAUUGUAGACUCCAAACAAUUCCUCUUGUUCUUCCUCAUGUCAACUUCACAUAUCUAAAUUUUCUCGAUCUUUCUUAUAACCGUAUCAACUCCACCAUUCCUGCCUGGUUGUUCAAAAUCACAAGCCUUGAGUAUCUUGAUCUUAGUUGGAACUUCAAGUUUCAUGGUCUUGUUCCCCCGGACAUCCGGAACCUGACUUAUCUUAAUGUUCUUGUGCUCUCCUACAAUAGCAUCGACAUGUCUCUAGCUCUUUCCCAGCUGGGAAAUCUGCGCAACUUGCAAUAUUUAUACUCUGAUUAUGUGAGGAAACUAAUCAACUGUCCAUUUCAUGAACUUGGAGGAAACUUUUCUGAACUCGCAACUACUCUUCAACUUUUGAGUCUCAGACACUCAAAACUUACUGGCAGUUUACCACGUUGGAUUGGAAAUUUCACAAACCUCCAAUUCCUUUAUGUUUCCGCAAAUUCAUUGUCUGGUGAGAUUCCUUCAUCUCUUGGACAGUUGUCUGGAUUGUGA